AUGAGCAACAAGCUUGCUCUCGAUCGAAUAGAACUUGCGGUGGUCAAUAUCCUGGAUGAAGUUGACCAGUAUAUAGCUAAAGCAGAAGCUGCUGACGAGGAUGGAGAAAAGGAUCAAGAGGACAUCAAGAACGAGGAUAUUAAAACUGAGGAUGGAAUAGAGCUACUGAAGGCACGCAUCGCGCAAGGACUCAGUGGCAUGGUGGUGAGCAGAGUGCGGGGCGUUCUGUACGUUGACAAUGAGAUCCGUGACUCUGCGAAGCAUUUCAAACCGGAUCCAGACUCCCGGUUUAUCAAGCUUGACGCGAACGUCGCCGAGUUCCAUAUUGUUCCCGACCGCUUCGAGGCUUGGAAGGAGAAGCAUCAACGAGCUAUCUCCACCAACUUUGUUUUCUCGCAGAACUAUAAGUACCCUGUCGUGGAUCAAUAUCGACUCACUUACAAGUGUCAAUGCGCCGGCCAAAAGGUAGUGCGGAAGGACGCUUUGAAAGGAGGGAAGAGUGGAAACCCCAGGAUGCGGAAUGAAGGGAUCAAGAAAGGCUGCCUUUCCAAGAUCCAUGCUUUGUUCAAGCCAAUACCAGUGGCAGAUGGCUUCAGCAAACCAGAAUGUAUUGUUGAGUAUCAUUAUCAACACAACCACUCCGUUGGCGACAUCACCGAUCUCGGCACACGACAAAAGUCGGCUGCUAUCAGGACCACGAUCGAGCGUCUGAUAAACCAAGGAUCAACCAUUCAAUGA